AUGGCGUGGCGAACCAGGUCGCUGCAGUGUGCCCUCCGUUUGGACAGCUACGUGCUACAACGAGCUUCCGUGCGAAGCUUCACCAGUUGGUGGCAUAGGUGGGUGGAUGGUGUGAACCCGGAGAAUGCCUCGAACGCGGAGGUCUCUGACAUGUUGCGCAUCGCCGGCAUCGAUCCGUGCGCAGCGAUCCGUGCGGUGGCCGUGGACCUGUAG